GACAAAGGAAAAUCAAGCAAUGAAGACAGAGAGAGAAUAUAAAUGGAUAUGAGUGUUUCUGACUGAAGGAUAAACAGUAUAUACUGCCAUCACUGGUUACUGGGUGGAGUACUGUUAUUAACUCUCUUGAAGAGUGUAAGAGUGAAGGAGGAGGAUAAAUAUAACACAAAAACUACAGAGGGAGAGAGAGAGGAAGAGUGACUGGGAAGAAAUGUAGUUGAAACACAAAGAAAAGAAAGCACUUCAGGCAAGGAAGAUAGAGGAAAGAAGAUCCAUGUCUGUUUAGUAUUAAAUGAGUAGAUGCUAUCAGAUAUGAAUGAGGCAGCGCUUCUUCCACUGAUCCAGGCAGGAGACGGAAGGACUCUAUCCAGAGCAGAGUUUCUAUCAUUGCUAAACACAUACAACUGCUUCCUCAAGGAUCAGACUCAACUGCAUCUCAGUUACUUCCAGGAUGAUGAUCAGAGAGUGGUAGUGGAAGGCUUCCUAAAUAUCUGUUGGGGAGUUCGAAGACCCAUUCGGCUGAAAAUACAAGAUGAGAAGCAAAUGAUUCCUAGUGCUCCUCUGCUCUCAUCUGACCCAACCAGCCCAGUCAGCCCACUUGGAAAUAGGAGGGGCAUGUCACGGUGGGGAGAAUAUGUCGACCUGCACCAAAUAGAUGAGCUAGAUGGCACAACACAUGAAGCAGUGAACAAAAAUCCUCUCCCAGGGGCUGUUUAUGAGACCACAACAUUGCGUCCUUUGAGGCAGAAGAGCUACGACCUGGAGUCUGAUUCGAAUCUGUUUCGCUGUAUGAGUGAUGCAUCGCUGGUCAAAAGGAGAAGUCGCCGAGGCAAGUCAGCAGCACAAAGAGAGAGAGAGCGGCAGCACCGCUUUUCUAUCAAUGGACACUUCUAUAAUUAUAAGACAUCCAUCUUCACUCCUUGUUUUGGCACAAAAACCAAAGUCCGCAUUAAGAGUAAUAUGACUACAAACCAAGUCAUUGAACAGCUACUAAGCAAAUUCAAGAUAGAGAAUGAUCCCCAGGAGUUUGCCCUAUAUUGUGUUCACCAGAGUGGUGAAAAGAAGAAGAUGAACAAUAGUGACCAGCCACUGUGGGAGCGCAUUCUGCAGGGGCCCUCUGAGGAUGCCAUGAAGAUUUUUUUAAUGGAUAUGGAUGAAGAGGAAGUGAGCAAUGAUGUGGCCCAAUAUCUGAAUUUGGAGCUCCCCAUCUUGGAGCAGGUUCUGUUGAAUUUGAAAGAAGAGGAGAACAGGGAGAUACAAAUGGUUAUUAGCAAGUACCAUAAACAUCACAGAGUCCUGUCCCGAAUGUUAAGUCGCAAGAUUUCUCCUCACAUUGAAACCAGUGUUUGAUGACAAUACACAAACUGUAGACCGAUGGAGUGCAAUAAAACAGAAAUGCGAAAUAAAACAUCAGCUUCAUAUACUGUAUGUAUACUGUCCAAUUCCAAUGAAGGUGGGAUGUUGUUAACCCUAAUCCUAAAACAGAAUGCAAUAAUUUGUAAAUCAUGUUCAACCUGUCUACAAAUACAUUAUAUUUAAUGUUCAAACUGAUAAACUUGAUUGUUUUUAGAAAAUAAUUAUUCAACUUAGAAUUAUAUGGCUGCCACAUGUUCUAAAAGCUGGGUUGGGGUCAUGUUUACCACUGUGUUAGAACAACCUUCCUUUAAACAACAUUCACUAUGAGUCUGGGAACUGAGAACACUAAUUACUGAAGCUUUGAAGGUGGAAUUCUUUCCCAUUUUUGCUUGAUGUACAGCUUCAGCUGUUCAAUAGUCUUUCAGUGUCUGUGGUGUAUAGGUUGAACAUGAUCUGCAAAUCAUUGUAUUCUGUUAUUGUUGUUGUUUAACACAAUAUCCCAACUUCAUUGGAAUUUGGGUUGCAUACCGGUGUGUCUGCUGAUUUCAUUAACAUUCCACUGUGGGCGCAAGUUACAAAACAAAGUGCUGUAUUAAGCUUAAAUUGGACUAUUGUUCAACAAGCUUAACCAACACAACAAUUUCUACAAAGGUACAGUAGCAAAGAAUUUACACAUGACUGAAAACAUAAAUACCGUUGCUGUAUGUGACAGUAUUUUAUACACUGUUUGCAAUGAUAAUAAAAUUUAAAAAUAAUUGAGACA